UUCAUUGAUCCUUUUCUCAUCAAAAGCAUUUAAUAUUCGCCCUAUCAUCGAUUCUGACAUGGUUGCACUUACAGAUAAUGGAUGAUCCAUUUUUGCGCUUUCUGGACGAUCGUAAGUUACAGGCAGUUAACACUGUGCCUGACUAUCCAACAUAUGUUUAAGGAUCUAAAGAAGAUGAUGCUGUGGCUUUAAAGACUCUCAAAGUAGGGAAACUCUUGCUUCUGAAAUCAUGAAAACUUUGGGAAGCCUGAUUUGUCCACCAAACGGGAACAGCUGCUGAAUGAAUUCUUGCCCGACGAUGUGUGUCCACUAGGUUGCCAGUUUUCUAUGGAUGCUCCUCAUAAAGUAUAUCAAGCUGGUGCUGAAGACAAUAAAUCUAUUGAGGGAGCUUCGGUUUUGUUAAUCAAUGAUGACGAAGACGACGAUGAUGCUUUUUUGGAACCAUUUGAAGGCCAAACCAAGGAUAGUUCGGAGUUUUCUGGAGAAAUUCCAGGACUUGCGGAUGUCAAUCAACUCCUAGAAUCAGUACUGGAGACGACAUAUCAGUUUGGAAGAAGUCCCAUCUCAUCUGGAUCGGACUUGUCUUACAAGGAAAUAGCCCAUCAUUGCGAGGCACUCGUAACAGGGAAGCAACAAAGAUGUCUUCUUUGAUGAGCACCCGACGGAGACAAGGAAGCUUGAUUAGCUUAUCUUUUCAACAUCCAGAUAACAUGACAAAACAGGUGAGUCCAGUCUUUGAGCAAAUUGACAGUACCAAUCCAUUCAAACAACCGCUCGGCACUCUUCCGAUGCCGUGUGCAAAUGAGUAGCAUAACCAUCCCCCUCAUUCAGUUUACCAGCCUCAACACCAUACGAUAACUUUAUAAAAGCUGCUGGAUGUUGAUCCUAUAGAAGUGUAGAGUUAAAUUUUCAAGCAAAAUAUUCCGGCGAUUGUUCCAUGAGGAAGACAGAAAAUUUUAGGACCUGUGUUUCUAAAGCUCAAAGAUUUCCCUGUUCCAACAAAUUAGUAUUUUUCGUUCUUGGUAUAUUUAGGGCAGCAUUUGUGAUUUAGAUUGGUUGAGUUCGUGACUAUUUAGCAUUUAAUUCAUUUCUUUUUUUACCCAUUUUCUUCCGUCAUAUGUGUAGUUUGCAAGAGAUGCCAAUAGUUAUGCACUCUUCAUAUUGCAAGCAAUUUGCUUUGUUCUUAUUCUUUAGCAUUGGGAUGGACAUGAAUGGAGAAUAGAGACACAGUUUUGCAAUGUGUGAACACAUAAUGUUACUUUAUGGAAGAAAUU